AUGUCUUCGGAUGUCUUCAAGUAUGGAAUAGUCCUGGACGCGGGAUCGUCCCACACCGCCAUGUUCGUGUACAAGUGGCCGGCGGACAAGGAGAACGACACGGGCAUCGUCAGCCAGCACAGCAUGUGCGACGUGGAAGGCGGUGGGAUCUCUUCCUACGCCGCAGACCCUCCGAAGGCCGGCCAGAGCUUGAAGGCCUGUCUCGACCAGGCGCUGCGGGACGUCCCGGUGGCCCGGCACAUGGGGACCCCUCUGUACCUCGGAGCCACGGCCGGCAUGCGGCUGCUGAACCUCACGGAUCCCCAGGCCUCGGACCGUGUCCUUGAGGCCGUGGCCGCCAUGCUGCAGCUGUACCCCUUCAGCUUCCGGGGCGCGCGCAUUCUGAGCGGAGAAGAGGAGGGCGUCUUCGGCUGGGUGACGGCCAACUACCUCCUGGAGAACUUCAUCAAGUACGGGUGGGUCGGGCGCUGGAUCCGCCCCAAGAAGAGCACGCUGGGCGCCAUGGACCUGGGCGGCGCCUCCACCCAGAUCACCUUCGAGACGGGGCAGGAGAUCGAGAGCCACCCGGCCAACCAGGUGGUGCUGAGCCUCUACGGGCAGCAGUACAAGGUGUAUACCCACAGCUUCCUCUGCUACGGCCGGGACCAGGUCCUCAAGCGGCUGCUGUCCAAGGUGCUGAAGGCCGAGCGGCACGCGCUGAUGCUCAGCAACCCGUGCUGGCCCAGGGGCUACAAGAGCAACUUCACGCUGGGCAGCGUCUACGACUCCCCCUGCACCGUCGCGGAGAAGCCCACCAGCUACUUCCCCCGGGCCAUGGUGACCAUGGCGGGCUCCGGAGACGCGGCCCUGUGCCGCCGGCACGUGGAGAGCCUCUUCCAGUUCACUGACUGCCCCUACUCCCGCUGCUCCUUCGACAAGGUCUUCCAGCCCAGCGUGCAGGGGAGAUUCAUCGCCUUCUCCGCCUUCUUCUACACCGUGGAUUUCAUCCAGUCCGUCAUGGGGAGACACGUCGUGACGCCCAGAGACCUUCAGGACGCCUCCAGCGACAUCUGCAACACCACGUGGGCCGAGUUGCUUCAGAGGGCGCCGGACCAGGAGAAGAGGCUGGCCGACUACUGCGCCAGCUCCACCUUCAUCUAUACGCUCCUCACCAAGGGCUACCAAUUUGACCAGAGCGAUUUCUACAACAUCGCUUUCCAGAAGAAGGCGGGCGACACCUCGAUCGGCUGGGCGCUGGGCUACAUGCUCAACCUCACCAACAUGAUCCCGGCGGAGGAGCGCGGCUUCUGGAAGGGCACCGAGUACGGCCCGUGGGUGGGCCUGGUCCUGCUCUUCGUCGCCAUCAUCCUCGUCACGCUGGGCACCAUCUUCUGCCUGCUGAGGUCCAAGGAGCGCGGCGUCAUGUAGAGGCGGCCCGGCCGCGCAGAAGGGCGGGGGGCUCUGCCUGGCAUCCCCGGUCACGGCACCUGGGGGCGCGGCCUCUCCCCGUGGCACAUGGGCUCCCCAGUCACAGUCGGGCCCCUCGCUCCUCCGUCCCCGCCGCCGCCCUCGUAGCCAGAGCCCCUCAGAAGAGGGCCCUGGAGAAGCCGUCACCAGACAAUGUCUCGAGGCUGCAAGGGGGUCUCCCGCGGUCUCCGGCCUGCGAGGCUGCCCCGCGCCCCCGACUUUCCCGGACUGGUGACACGGGGGGCACGUUCGGGAGCAGAAGGCACUGCUGUCCACUCAGGCAGGGUUUUCUGGGCCUGACCAGCCUCCCCCUCGUCCGUCUGCUGAUUUCCGAGGCUCAGGGAUCCCGAGGUAGAUUUCUGCUAUUCGCAGACCUUGCUGCCGCCUCCGCAAGGCUCUAGCCCCAGUGAAGGAAUUGCACGGGGAGGAGCGAGGCGGGACUGCCUUUGACCUCUUCUGGCGUUUACUCGGGGUGUGGCAAGCCAUGGGGGGGGGUGGCACCGAAGUGGGGACACCUUUGAAACCCCCCCCAGUUUGUUUUGCAAAAUUGUGUCUCUGUGUGCUCACGCGUGUGUGUGCACACGCCUGCCCUCCCUUCGCACUGGGGAAGCCUCCGGGGUGCUGAAUUCAGAUGCCCCAAACUGCUUCCCCUGAGAAAGCUUCAUUUGUAUAUAUUUUCCCUACUCCUAAGAGUAAACCUAUUUAAGUGGCUUCCCUACACACCCCAACUCUCACUGUAGGACGCGGGCUUUGUAAAGGCAUCGUCCUCCCCUGGAAAGAUUCUUCCGGAGGCAAAUGUUACAGGAGGUUCUUCCUCUGUUUAGCCAUGGAUAGCCAUAAGUGAUGCUACACACGUGUUCCUAUACACACACACACACAGAAUUUUAGCUUGUCCCGUUUUGCUGAAUGUCUCCUUCCGCCCGUGCCCGGAGCCCACACACCCAGGAGGAAAAUGGAGAGCCGCACGAACAAUCGCCGCUCCCUUCAGGCAGCUGUGCUGCACCCCAGGCCAGUGCGCCGAUGUGGGGCUCGCGUCCCGCUUUGGCCCUCCCGUGCCAGGCGCCACUCGCAGCAGCUUUUCGGGCUGCUUCCCUUGCCCUAAAGGGAUACGACGCUGCGUGGCUGGCACUGUGAGCUCUUUUGUAUUUUAAGGAAUUUUGGUUCCAGCCUACCUUUUGUAACGUUUUGGCCCUGUCUGGCCCUGUCUGCCCCGGGGCCAGCCCAUCGCUGGGGGACCAGGGGGCCCAGCCCCGCUGGGGGAUCCGAAAAGCAACUGGGGUGGCACAGAAUGCUGGGGAAGGUUGUAGCUCAGGCUUCUUGGAGCUCCUUUGGCGUUUCGGGGGUUCCUCCCCCGGCUUCAGAGAGGGGCCCCGGUGCGCCUGCUGGAACCUGGUUUCACAGGUUGUGGGUACCACACAAGCCAGGAGUCUGGCCUCGUGCUCUCUCCUGGGAUGGAGCGCCCCCCCCACCUUGAUGGGACGGCCCCCCUGCCCAUGUUCCCACCCUGGGUAGUGUUGACACAUGUGAGUGCAGUGGUGGGUGCCUCCAAAAGGAACUACACUACCCAAGAUCCUUUGGGUACUGUACGGCAGCUGAAAUGGAACAAAGUCAAAAUUCCAGACGGACAGAGAGAUACCUUGAAACUUGUGGACUUGAUUCAAAAUGAAGGAAGAGCAGGGCCUGAGAGGAGGAAACGCGCGGCGUUCUUAAGGAAAACUGGACUUCUUUGAGGACUGGGCGCAGGACGGGGGAAUCUGCUGGUUUUCAUCAUUCCACGUUUCCCUGCACGGGCAAGAGCCCAACCCGAUUGCAGACGCGCCCAUGUGUUCUUCCAACAGCAUAAAGCUGCGUUCAAAGGAUGUUUUAUCUGUCUUAUUUUAAAUAUGCAAAGUGAUGCCUGGCUUUUAGGAAUAAUAAAAAAUAUCUAUAUCUUU